AGAGAACGAGAGACGCUACGAGAGAGAGACAGAUGUAACUGACAGAGAUACAAGAGAGGAACUGUAACGAGAGCGAGAGAAAGAGAGAGACAGAAAGAGAGAGAGAGAUAGCAAAAGAGCUAAAGAAGAGAAAAUUUGUUCUGCUGAUGAACGAUGGAGGAAGACAUCAGAAAGAAAGGAAUGAUCUAUCAACUACAGCACCGCUUCGGAAAGAAGUGGAAGAAGGUGUGGUGUGUGCUGCUGGCUGACAGCAUGAACAGCGUGGCCCGGCUGGUGCUCUACGAGUUCAGGCAGGUGUCGGUGAAGGAAGACCAUGGUGGGAAGAAGACCGAGACUAAAAAGGUGAUCCUGCUGCGGGACUGCAUUCAGAUCACAGAGAGCAAGAGCGGGGAGUGUCCGAAAAACUGUAGCACCUUCCAGCUGGAAACCACCAACAAACUGUACACGUUUGCUGCGAACGAGCCAGACGUCCAAAGCUGGAUCACGGAGCUGUGCAAGCUGGCUUUCCCAUUGAACCAAGCUGAGAGCAGAUUAGCCGGGCAGGGCAGUGUCCUUCAUCCUCCUGUGAGAGAUCACUCGGCCGUGGAGAUGAAGGAAAACUCUCUCUAUGAGACCGCCGCCAGCGUGCGAGAUUUCCUGGUCAUUGCGAUGGACACAGAAGCGGCAAUCCGGUGUAAACUGUACGGCGAAUACAUUCUGACCCCACAUAAUGACUGCAUUCUCCUAAAGGACCAUAAAACCAAACAGGUCAUCCUCUCCUGGCCGUACUGCUUCAUCCGGAAAUUCGGGCAGGACAGGCUGUCGUUCUCCUUUGAGGCUGGUCGCAGGUGUCAAAGUGGUGAGGGAAGCUUUGAGUUUACCACCAACAAUGGCGAACGGAUCUUCAGAAUCGUCAGCGACGCCAUCCAGAACCUUCCGUCAGCUGAGAAACCGGGUAAUAAACCCAAAAACUCUAAAAAAGCGGAUCCCGUUCCACAAAGCAUGGAUGACAUGUGUGUUUACAGUAUAGUAAACCCCAUGCUAUCUGACAGUGCAGGUCAGGACGCCAUGCUUUCUUCUGGCCCAAAGCAACGCUCAUUAAAAAAACUGACCCCAACCUUCAGGAGCUUGUCACUGAACUCCAUUGAACCUCCAAACAAGGGCCAAGUAAGGAGCAUCAACAGCUGCCCUUCUUCUACUUCCUCUUCGAUCCCUCAGGUCCAGGAGCCACUUUAUGCUAGCAUUAGCAAACCUCGAGGUCAAAAUGAGUCAAAAAAUGAUCAAAAAGCCCACCAGCAUGGCAUCAAAGACUACAUACACCAGCUUGGUCCACUGCCUGAUCCUCUGGAGAGCUUGACCUAUUCUCAAGAAGAACCCAUAGAAACAUCUCAGAAGGACCUGCUGGGAUCUGUCUAUGGACCUUCAAUCAGAGGACUACAUUGCUGAAGCCAUUUACGCAGAACCAGAAGAAUAUGAGGCCAGGGCUCCCUGGGAGGUGAUCAGCGCUUAUAACCUCCCAGAGGAGAUAGAGGACGAUAAAGAUGAUGAGAAAAAUGGAGAAGAACAUGAGGACUAUAAGCCAGAUGGAUUCUCCACCUAUGACAACCUGAUGAGUAGAGGAAAGAUAUAAUUUUGUGCUAAAGGCCUUAAGCUAGUGUCCCUUUAUUGCUAUGUUCAUAAUCAGAAUAUCAUUAAUGUCAAAAGAAAAGCUAACAUCUACAAAACCGUAUCCAGUGAUUUGUCAAAAUUUCUGCAUAAUGAAAGUGUUAAGAUGGAAACAAAGUCAUUCAGAGUGGUUUGGUGUGAAAUGCUCCUUUGUAGAGAGCAAGUUAUUACAUGAAAUGAGUAUGAAUA